UUACGAUUUGCGGGAGAACGAGAGAAGGAAAGAAGAUGAACUUAUACGAUCAUAUCAAACAACUGCAUCAAGCAGAGCUUUAUGGCGAUUUAAAACAUUUGUCCUCCUUUGUGCUGUCUUUAUGUGACAACAGUGCAGAAGUGGAGGUACUGUCCCUUCCACAGAAAUACCAGUGUCUUGUACACUUUGGUGACGCCUUGUACCACACAGAGGAGUUCAAGAAAGCCGAGAGUAUAUUCAGGAAAUCUCUGCUCCUGAAGAAGGCUAUCAACAAAUCAAAAGGCAAAUGUUCAGGAUCAGCUGAUGUCAUCUCGGAAGUUGAUGUCAAGUUCAAGCUAUAUCAGUGUCUAUUCCAACAAAAACAAAACACAGAAGCCCUCAAUGUGCUUGAGAGCAUCAACACAAAGCAGCGCACUGCCAAGAUCAACCUGGCGCUGGCCAAACUGUACCUGCGCGAUGGACGAGACAGAUCAGCAAUGACUUGCUACAAGGAGGUCGUCAGGGAGCAUCCCCUGGCUCUGGAGGCAGCAGUGGGGUUGUUGACGCUGGGAAUGAAGGGAGCGGAUGUAGCCUCACUCAUCAUGAACAGUCUUCCCCACGGCACCAGCUGUGAAUGGUUAUCAUCGUGGAUCAAAGGUCACGCAUAUCUCUCAUCUAAGGAGUAUUCCAAUGCAGUUCAGACAUUCAGACACAUGGAAACCAAGACCUGUUUGAAGGACAAUGUGCAGCUGUUGAACUGUGUCGGGGAGGCCAGGUUCUAUGAUGGCCAGUACAGUCAAGCCAUGGCAGUCUUCCAGAGGGUACAUGCAUUAGAUCCACUUGUCCUGAAAAACAUGGACCUGUACGCCUUCCUGCUUAAACGAGAAAAGAAAUUCAAAGAACUACAAGGGCUGGCUCAGCAGCUCAUGUGCAUCUCCGAUGGCGCCACAGAACCGUGGGUUGCCAUGGGUUACUAUUCUCUCAUGUGCAUCACAAAGCCCAAAGAGAGAGCUGCAAGAGCGGUCUACUUUGCUCAGAAGGCGUACCAGAUAGAUCCCCGGUCUAUACAGGCCCUCAUCCUCAAGGGUACAGCGCUACUGGAGCUGAAGAAGAUCCAGGAUGCCACGCUUCACUUCCUGGAGGCUGUUCGACUCGCUCCACAUCGAUUUGAAGCUUACAACGGUCUGAUCGAGUGCUACCUUUCCAACAACAAAAUCAAAGAUGCUCUCACCUGGGCGGGCCGGAUGAUACGAACACACGGGAACAGUGCCAGAACAUUCACUUUGUAUGCUUCAGUGUUGUCAAAAGAUCCAAAUAUGAUAUCCAAGGCGAAGCCCUAUCUUGAGAAGGCGAUGAAGAUGGAUCCGUCAUCCCUGGACCCUGUGUACAACAUGUGUGAGAUCCUGGCCCAGGAACAGCAGCAUGACCGGGGCAUAGAACUCCUCCAGAAGCAGCUAGAGAGUCACUCGACAGGCCGACUGCAUCAACUUCUGGGGGACUUCCUGGCCCAGACCAACAGGAUCCAGGAGGCCAUGGACCAGUACAUCAUCACCCUCACGAUGGAGCCGCUUAACGUGAAGGCUCGCGAGGGAAUCGAGCGGCUGGAGAAGGACAACGACAUGGGGCUUGAGGGAGGCUACGAUGUGGAGGUCGAGAUGGGGGGAAGUGACAAUGAUGCUGACUUUGAAGGCAGUGACAUGGAGAGCACAUGGUCAGAGACCGACUUCAGUUAACAUAGGCUCAAUGCUAGUCCUUUUCCCAGUGCUAGUGCUGUGUGUGAUCCCUGCAUAAAGGGAUGGAAAUUAACUGAAAAACCAAACAAGCUCACGGGGCUAGGAUUUGUUCAAUCUUAUUAAAAUCAGAUCUUUGUUCUCGCUACCGCUAAACAAAGAUCUGAGGACAUCCCAUUACGAGUCACGUCAGAACGACCUUUCAUCCAACCAAUCAUAGCGUCG